ACAGAGGGUUAUAAACAGAGAGAGUCAUGUUGUAAAGAGAGAAAAACUCAAUGUUUUACUACACGUUCCUACUGAACAAUCUCAAAGGUCAGACAAGAUGGAAGAUGAACCUGAACCAACAAAAACAAUCAAAGUGAAAGGCGUAGACAAAUCGGUAUCACGGGAUUUAGUUGAAUUUUAUUUUGAGAAUUCAAGACGGUCUGGAGGUGGCGAAAUCGAGAACGUCAUGAGUGAUGAGGAGGAUGAGGAUGUCAUAUAUAUCACAUUUAAAAAUCAUGAAGAUGCAGAAAGUGUUGUCAGAAAAGGCCACCACCACGUUGAAGGCAAAGAAUUGAGUGCUUCUUUGUUCUUUCCUCCUGCACUGCCACCAUCAUACAAGAACAAGGUUCUUAUAAAAGGAUUAAAUCCAACCACAACCAAAGACUGUUUAUGCAACUUCCUAGAGGCAAAAACAGGAUUGAUACCAGAUACUAUGGACUAUCAUGCAGAGCAAGAAAAUGUUGUCAUGGUUACGUUUUCUGAUGAUAUAGAUUUCCAGAAACUGGAGGACGUUUUUAGAAAAUCUAAAUUGGAACACGCUUCAUUAAAGGUGUACCCUGUACCAAUAUCCAACUGUAUAUUUGUUGCUAACAUGGCGCCUGAAGUUAGCAAGGACACUAUUGAGUUUUACUUUGAAAACACUCGAAAAAGUGGUGGCGGACAGGUUAACAACGUGAAGAUGAAUGAAGAUGACACAUGCAUUGUAUACUUUGAAGAUUAUACAAUUAUUGAAAACAUUUUAGAAAAGGAACACAAUUUAGGUGGGCUAAAGUUAGAUGUGAAACGAUACCAGGAAUGCCUCGGCAGACCAGAAGGAGAAAUAGGUGAAAGAGUUUUACGUGUACCGGAAGACUUAGUGCUAAAGGAUGUUGACCCUCUAAAAAUAAAAUUUAUGAAACAUUCCAACGCGAAUCGUUCAGCUUUAGAAAUACAGCUAAACACUUGUUACACAAAGAUAUGGUGGCCUGGUGAAACUGGACAUGUUGUACUGACAUGCACAUUAACAAGAGAAGUGAAGAAUUGCUUCAAAUUCGUAAAGCAAUGGAAGGAGACAGCAGAGCAGAACUUUCGAGACUUCAUGAAGAACAUUAUUGUUAACAAAGUGCCAGUGCUGCAGGAUAUUUGGUCUACAGUAAUGGUAGAACUCAAAACUGUCACAGUAGAUAAUCCAGAAGCUGUUGCUAUAUUUGUAGAUAAAAAUGAGAGUGUUAUAACAGUUGUAGGUAACAAAAGUAUUACUGAAAGUCUUUCAAAGAAGAUUGAUGAUAUCAUGAAAGAAGUCAUGGCAAAAGUGGAGAAGGGACUUGCAAAAAGUAAAGAAGUUUUCACAAGAUUGAAGUUAAUUGAAACAAAAAUGCUUUUAGCUGACAAAUUUCCUACAGAAAUGAUGAAACUUUUUCCUGACCUGAAGGUGAAAAUAAACCAAAACAAAAAUGAGAUUGUUUUUGAAGGACUAUUACGGCAGGUAAGCGAUGCAAAGUUGAAGAUGUAUGAAAUAAAAAGCAGCUUUGCAACAGCUUGUAUUGACAAAAUAUCAGAUCUAGCAGCCAGAUUGUUCCUAUCGAAACAAACGAAAGACCAUAUAGUGAAAAAAUUAAAAACUAGUCACCUCACAGCCAUAUGGGAUAUCAUAGAUGGAGGUUUGCUUGUAUACACCACAUCUGAUAAAUAUAUCAAAGAUUGUUUGAGAAUUAUAUGCGAGUCAGUCAUUGAAAACACUGUUCUUCUUAAAAAGGAUUCCAAAACAGUGGUGAGUUCAGAAAGUUGGCAGACUAAAGUUGAGGAAUUACAUGCCUCUAAUCCUGGAAAAUGCUACAUAAAAGUACCAGAGGAUGGGAGAAAAGUUCAAAUGUGCGCUACUGAUGAUAUAGCAAACGAAAUCGUACAUACUAUUGAAAGGUACCUCCAGUUAGAAACUGCGAUACAAGGAGCUCAUUUGCCGGAGGAAAUUCUAAAAAUGGAUGAAAAUGCAGUCACUUUAUACAAAAAAGCUUUGGAAGAGGGCAAGGAAGCCAUCAAUAAUAUACGUGUGAUGAUAGUGGGGCAUUGUGGAGUCGGGAAGACAACCCUUACAAAAAGAUUGUUUGGAGAGAAGGUUGAUGUAAUGGAAGAGGCAGCUAGCACUAAUGGAAUUGAUGUACAUAUCAAAAGAUGUAAAGUUCAGCUUAAAGAUAAACAAUGGCUGCAAUUGAAUAAAGAAAUUUCUUCUGAAAUAUUCUAUAAUCGUGUGGCAUCUGUAGUUACAAAAUUUUCAAAGACUGAAAGAUCUUCUGAUGUUGAAAUGAACAUGUUGACAUACAAAGCUAGCAGACAUGGCAAUGCUUCGACGAUAGCGUUGGUGAAGGACACCAAGAAAAAGGAUGCUACAGCGGAGACGUCCCUGCCGAUAAGGAAGGUUCCAGUCCGAAGUCUAAGCAAACAAGAGCCGAAACAAAUAAUACAAAAAACUCCGCAAACUCCACGGAACAUAGAUACAUACAAGGUCAAACAAACGAAAGGGAGAAGCAGCGCUUCAGAUAAACACAUAAUGGAAAUGAUUGAAGACGUCAUAGAAUGUAGCUCGUCAGAUAACAGCAAAGACAUUGCCGAGCUCUCCAUAUGGGAUUUUGCCGGCCAAUAUGUGUUUUACGGCACACAUCAGAUUUUCUUAUCAAGACGAGCUGUAUAUCUACUUGUGACAGAUCUCUCUCAACAUGUAGACAGUGUGGUAGAAGAUGAGUGUUACAUUGAUGCUGAGGGAGAAACACAGUGCAAAAUUUCAGAUUUUGUGACAUUCUGGCUUAACUCAAUACACACCUUCUGUGCAUCUGAACGUUCAAGAGAACCCCCUGUCAUUUUGGUUGGAACAUUUGCAGAUAAACUUCAAAAGGAAAAGAAACAAGAACUAGUGGAAGAUUUUUUCACCAAUCUUAGGCUGAAUUUAGUGCAUAGUGAAGCAUUCAUGCACCUAAAUGAAGAAAUUGCAAUUGACAACUCAAUUAUUGACCCAAAUGUAGAACUGCUGAAGAAAAAGAUAGUAGAAGUCGCUACCAAGCAGAGUUACUGGGGUGAGUUAUAUCCUGCGAGAUGGACUAUACUUGAGCGAGCGCUGAUGGAGUUCAAGAAAAGAGGCGUUAAGGUUUUGGAGAAAGAAAUAUUUGAAGACACAAAUAAGAAACUGCCUUUGCCAAUUGAAACUGAUGACGAACUGGAGCUGUUCCUGAGAUUUCACCAUGAUGCAGGAUUAAUCUUGUAUUUCAGUGAUGGGAAAUUAAAGAACUAUAUACUUUUACAGCCACAAUGGCUGGUUGAUGCACUGAAAUGUUUGAUAACAGCUAAACAGUUUUGCAUCAAGGACCAAGAUUUAUGUAAAAGCUUGUUGAAAUUUCACGAAACAGCAAUACUGAUGGAAGAUUUGAUUGAUGCAGUAUGGAAUUCUGACACACCCUUUCAUCAACAUAAAGGUGUAAUUAUAGAGUUCAUGGAAAAGUUGGGAAUAAUUGCCAGACCACAGCCUGUGGAUGAAUCAAGCAUAGUUGAAGACUUCUACAUUGUCCCCUGCGUGCUGAAACAAAGUGUACCACCGAAGUUCCUUAGGUACAAUUAUGGGGAUUGUAGAUCUACCACGAAACUGUGUUUCACAACACCUUCUAGGAUAAUUCCGGUCCAAGUUUUCAACAAGUUGUUGGCGGAAUGCGUUAAGAAAUGGCCAGUUUCAAGGGAACGCGGAAAGUGCCUUAUGUUUUGCGGAUGCGCAGUUUUCGAUGUGGCAGAGUUGCAUAAACUGUAUGUCUUCCUCAAGGACAAUCUGAUACAAACAUGGAUCAACAAUUACAGUCAUUUACACCCAGAGCAUGACAUAGAUGUAUGUCUAAAUGUCAGAGGUUUUAUCACAGACCGUUUACGUCAAUUUGUCAGAGACAGUCGUGAGCUAGAAGUAUAUGUGGUUUGUCCAAAGGCGUCAUACAACAUAACAGAUAGUAUGUGGAAAGUAGAUAGCUUGACACAAAAAGAAGAAGUUUUAUGCGAUGGGCAUGGAUGUCCACAUCCGAUACGGACAUCAAAGCUACUGAAACACUGGGCUGCAAGGUCUACUGAACAAAACAAAGACUUGGAAGUCGUGCCGACUGAAAAACAGCUAAGCAGGAUGGCACAACGAAUUGGCAAAGAAUGUCGUGCUCUAGGCCGCGAGCUGGGUUUAACCCGUGCAGAACUAGAUCAUAUAGAUAUGGAUGAGAUGAAUCGAACACCAGUAGACAAGAUUGCAGCUAUGCUUGGUCAGUGGUUGAAAAGGAAAGCAGAUAGUGCUACAUUUGCAGAAUUGAAACGAGCAAUGAUACAGAUUGGCAUGGAAUGGGAACAUGUUUUUGCAUGUCUUUAAAACAAUCAUGACACUGAAUUUGCAAGUACAGUCAAACCUGUUUAUAAAGACCACUCCUGGGAGAGCCAAAAUGUGGUCUUUAUUGGGAGGUGGUCUUUAUUCACAGGUUAAAAUACACUGUAAAUGUAAAUGGGAAACAAAACAUGUGGUCUUUAGAGCCAGGUUGUCUCUGUUCAGAGGUGGUCUUUAACACUGGUUGGACUGUAAAUCAAAUUAAUCGAUUUUAAAGAUAAAGUAAAUGGCUGAAAAAUGACUGCAUAACUGGGAAUUCACAAUUUGUACAUGUACUUAUGGACUCCUACAUAAAGCAUACUUGACACAUGACAAUUCCACUUGUCAAGUUUAUCAUUGUAUGAAUAAAAAACUUUUUCAUGAAAAACCUUGAAACAUCAUCUGUUUACUCUCACAAUCGUUUCUGCAAAAUACGGUUUAAGGACGACGGGUAUUUGGGAAGUUAAUGGGAAAAUUAAAGACACCGAAAUACAAAUUUCGAAGUGAGAUUAAGUGCAGUCUUUCACUAAACUAAUGUAUUAAAUGACAUGUGACGGUUUGUUGUGAGGGGUAUAUCGGCGUUUUACCGCUGACAGCUUUAUAACCAUUCAUGGAUUUAUUUAUGUUUCAGCUUGCGACUGCUUUACAUAUUUAGGUCCAGCGAAACUUUAUACCAUUGUCAGCGUCAGUCUAAACAUUGCAGUUUUAAGGACUCUCUUGGACAAACUGUAUACAUUUGCAUUACUGGCACAAAGGAAAUUUGGCACAAAGGUUUCUCACAUAUUCAUAUAUAAUCCAAUCAAACUUUGGUUUAUAACAUUGUAGCAAAGAAAUUGUCUAUUACUUAGUGGUAUUGUGACGGCAUAAAACACUUUCAUUGACAGCUCUACUUUAUGUUUUGUUUCAAUCUGAGCAGAACUUACAGUUUAUUAUUUUAAAGGCAUUUGUUUUUCAAAUUUUUCGCACUUGAAAUAUUCAUUUAUUCACCCUCCCAACACGAGUUUAAAAGAUAAAUUUACAUAGAUCUAUUUUCGACAAUUUAACAGCAAUUCACAUUUGAAUGCACUUAAUAAACAAAUGUCCGACUCUUUUACUUCUUUAUGACUGAAAAUCUAGCAGGUAUACCAAUAAGGCUCAUGUGUGACUGAAUUUUAUAUGAAACAAAGAACAUUUUUGUUGGUAUAAACUUUCAAAUAGAGAUUUAACUCUAUGACGUAUGUGUAUUGGAUAUUUUGUUGUUUCUUUAAUAAAUCUAAAACAUAAAAUGCGAAAAGUGAAAAUUGUCAUAAAACAAUGCUUAAAUACGAUUGACCCCUUUAAUUUAUAAAUGACCUUUGAAACAAGAGUUUUGUUUUGCUGUUAAUUAGAAAAGACUACGUCUAAAAUGUGAUGUUCUUGUUAUGGAAAUUAAAUCUUAACAAAAUUGUGCAGUAAUAAGUUUUCUGAAGUGUUUGGGUGGGGAUUACACAGUUCCGUAAAAAUACAUUACAUAAUAUUGAAAUCGGAAAUAAAAAGGACAAGUAUUGGAGACAACCCCAUUCACCAUUGUGUAAUGGUAUAUUAUUUUUGUUUAUUAUCUCCUUGCCAUUCAAGAUGUUAUCAUUUCAUAAAUAUUUAAAAGCAUUCGCCAAAUUCUUAAAUGUUUACGUCUUUCCUCAACGUUUCCCGUUAACUAUAACUAUUGUAACUAUAUGUAAGUGGUCUCUACAUCUAAGGAGCAUUGAUUUCAGGCAAUUCUUUAUGUUCAAGACAUUGUGACCUUUUUAUCUCAGAUACUAUUUUUCCUUGCCUUGGAAAAUUUCUGUCUCCAGGAGACUUGUCAUUAUGUUUCUACCAAUACAUUUUAUAUCAAAUCUCAGCGUUUAUGGUCCAGCAAAAGAAACACGUUUACUUGACCAUAUAAUUGAGACAGCAUUUGGAAAGUAUCACGGAGUAGAAUUUAUAUUUUAAGUUUGUAAAAUCAACAGAGUGGAAUGUAAAGGGACUUUAUCUCUGAUUUGUAGUUUUAUAUCAGAACAGUUGCUAUUUGACAGCUGCUGACGUAAAAAUGUAAUUAUUAUGAUUAGAGAAACUUUGUAUAAGUAAUUAUGUAAUUAAAUACAUCGUUCGUCUUGUAAGAAUAAUUGAUUAUGAUUUUUUUAAAUAGUGAUGUAAUAUCUGUUUGUUUUGUAUAAAUAGAGUUCAUGAAUUUUGUAAAUAUUGAUGUAACACUUGUUUGUCUUGUAGAAAUAACUGAUUUAGAUUUUUGCGAAUAUAGAUGUAAUAUCUGUUUGUUUUGUAGAAAUGUUGAUUCUGAUUUUUGUAAAUACUGAUCUCAUACCUGUUGUCUUAUAGAAAUAGUGAUUAUAAUUUUUGUAAAUAUUGAUGAAAUAUUUGUUUGCUACCUUGAAGUACAAUGUACCAGAGGUGUUCAACUGUCAGUUGAACAAAAUGCAAACAUACAUUUAUUUUAUUGAUAUUUAUUAUCAUCGUAAGACAAUUUCGAUUUCAGAUUCUUUAUAGUUAUAACUCAUUCUACAAUUCUUAGGCUGGCUAUGACUGCAUUUGCACAGUUUCUCCCAUUUGUCGUUAAGAUUAAUUUUGUCAUUUAAAGGUCUAAAAGAAGAUCCUGUAAAAGCAUAGAAUGCAGUCAAGCAAAAAAGUAGAAGACUCGGUUCGAUUGAGUCUAUUCUUGAGAGGUAAUGGAAAGUGCGACACAUAUUAAAUAUUCAGGAAACAGACGUCACAAGGUUAUAUAGUGCGCUUCUGCAGACGUCUCUUCAGGCCAAAUGUCUGUUUAGAUGCAUGUCUUGGUGGAUAACAUAUUAAGUCAAGUAUUCCUGAAAUGGACAAGACGCCUUCUUGCCCACAAAUUGUCAAAAUAAUGAUGUCCUUCUGCAAAUUAAUUUUUAAACAUAUCAUUAAUUGCUAUAGUCAUAAUUAAUUUUACAUACCCCGAGUGGUAAAUGUUGUGGGCUUGCCCCUCAACGCUGUUGAUUAGAAACUAUGGUUGGUGUGUAAAAUUAUUCCAGCUGAGAAAGCCAUACUGCUGACGUAGGGAACGUUGGUCGGUCGGCCGUUCUAUCAAAGUGCCCCGCAGAUAUGGCAGUGAAGAAAUCAUUGCAGUCUUCACGUACAUGCCUCUCAGAGAAUAAAUUUCAUAGUGCUGAAUUGUAAGUUCUGAUUAUAUCUGAGAUGAUAUAAUAUUCAUUUACCGUGCAGUGGAAAUGAUUGUUGCUUGUUAAGCAUUGUUAAUGAUUUUAGAAUGUUUAUACACAUGUUUAUUGAUGUUUGCUUUCUGUGUAGCAGUAUUGAGUAUGAUAUGUCUGUGUGGGAACAAACCUACUUUGAAAUGAUACAAGACAGUAACAUGUGUAAUAUGUAAAUACUGUGUAUUUGAAUCUAUUUACAUCUGCGGUGUACUGCCCAUUAAUCGAUUUUGAUUAUAACUGGGAAGCGCUUGUAUGGGACAGACUGUUAAAAGAUGAGCAAGUUCAACUGCAAUUACUAAGAUUAAAUAGAUUAGAUGGUUACAGUUGCCAGCCUCUCAAUGAACAGAAACAAACUGGGGCUGGACUGUAUACGUAGGGGAAGACCAUUCCAGGAACGAAUGAAUUGUUCUUGGAAGGAGUUGGAAUGGUAUUACUUAUCAGACAGAGGGAUCAAGUAAUUAUGAUUCUUUGUACACAUGAUAAGGGAAUGUUUGAUGCGGCAUUGUUUAAGGAAUUGCCAGUUGAAAUCUUUAAGCAUUCGGGUGACACUGCCUGUUUGACUAUAGGUGUUGCAUACUUAUCGAGCUGUGUGCAGCACAGAUUGUUGUACUCGUUCAAUUUUGCAAGUGAGGCAUUUUUCCCAAGGGUGUUUUUGUCGUUUUCAGGGAUGUUUUGGCCGUAGAAUAAACUUCCUUAAAACGCUAGUGUUUUUUUGUGCGUGUAUACAUUUCCACCAGUACACUUGGGCACGAUUAUGAAAACACAUUUAACACAUAUUUCAUUCGUGUUUGAUACUACCAAUAUAAUAUCAGUUUUUAUGGGUAUCUUUGACUUUGUCAAAUUACAAUUGUGAUUUCAUAACCAAUUAUAACUGAGCAUAAUCGACUAACGAAAGUGCCAAAAUGCUUACUUACAGUCUGAUGUCCAUAAUUAUGUGGAAGGAAUUGCCAGUUCUGCAUUUAAAGAUUACAAACUAUCUAUGCUUACUUUGAUUUAAUAUAAUGCAAUACCUUCUAUUUCCUUAAAUAAAAGGUUUACAGUAUUUGCUGAAAUUUGAUGUAUCACACAAUUUACUUGUUUUACAGCACAGAGUUAUAUGUAUAAUUACAUUUGACACUGAUCACUUUAUUUGAAUGUGGGCUGUUCAAUCGUUAUCGUAGCCUACCUCAUGUAUGUUAAUCCCUCUACGUUUAUAGUACAUUUAUCUAUUUAAUUCAUACUAUAUAAAUACUUUAUGUAUACCCCUUGUGUGAUACUGAAUAUCUGAGCAUGGAGCUUUCAUGCAUUCGGGCUAUGCCAGGGUAUAUAUAGAGCAAUAUUUUUCAUUUUAGUUUGCUAGUUUACAGACACUCGCAAGGUAAAUUUUACCUUUUGUCACAGCUUAACUUCUGGAUAUAAUUAAGGGAUAUUUUAUUUUUUUCAAUCUGUGGAACACUAAAACUUUCUCGAUUAUUUUGGCAAUGUUUUUGUUUUUACGUUAUAGGUUUUGCCAGCUCUAUACAUAUAUUGUUAGUUGCAUAAGGUCUAUACUUUUGAUAUAUUACUGUGAUUUGGUACUGCAAUUAAUAAAAGCUGAUUGAACCCGGUU